UCUACUGACUCCUCCUUUAAUUCUCUUUAAACCGUCAUCGUCUCAAACGUUACAAACAGAAUUAAGACCCGCAAAAGCAAAAAAGAAAACACUUCCUGAAAGGCGGGCACUGAUUGACAUCUCUGACAAACGUCUUCCAGGUGAAACAUGAGAAUCGUGGAGGCCGAGUUUGCUGCAGCUUAAUCUGCACGUUCAGAUCUCGGAGCGUCCUUCCGCAACAUGAACAAAUGCACCCUGCUCGGCUCCAGAGCUGCAUAUUUAACAUCUUAUCUGCAGAGCUGAGGCGUUUAAGACAGUAGGGAAGGGGAUGAAAACAACACCCUGAAGAUAGAUAUUCCUCUGCAAUAACACUUUAAAUGAAAUCAUUGCUCGGCUUCUUUCUGAGGCUGCAGCGACGCAAACAAACCAUCUACACGUGUCAGUUUUAAAGUUUAUUGAUUUCAAUUUUGUUUUUUCAUCACUCAAAACAAAGUUCCUGUAUCGGCCUCCCCUCCUCCGCCUGCCUCUCUCUCUCUCUCUCUCUCUCUCUCAUCAUUAUUCUGCCCGUCCCUCUGACCCAUCUGUGUCUCCCAGACGCUCCCACCACUCCCCCUCUCUCUCCCCUCCUCUCUCUCCCCUCCUCCCUCACAUUGACCCCUUUUGUUCACAGCUAUUGGGUGGUGGAGGUGGCGGUGCAGACGGGGGGUCUGGUCAGCUGUUUCCUCAGUCUGUGUGUGUCUGGGCAGUGUGGGAAUGUGUGUGAGAAAAAGUAGCAGACAAAGCUCGGUGCAGCGUCAGAGUGUGUGUGUCAGCCGGUGAGGACACAGGCACGCACGGCGCCGCAGCAUCCUCAGGACAUGUAGUUUGGACUUCUCCUGCAGCGGGGACUUUUGUUUUUUUUUUUUAGAUUGUUUUCCUUUUCUUUUGCAUUAGUUCGGAGAAAUAUCUGCAGGUUAGAAACUCUGGAGUAACAAACUUUUAAAGCGGGGGAACGUUUCGGUCGGUACAACGUGGAGACGAUGCAGCCUUCAGCAGGAAGUCACAACCAUGAGAACUGUGUUCAGACACAACUGUGCGCCCAGCUGGAGUUCGUCCAGAUCCUGGUGAUCGUGGUGGUGAUGAUGGUGAUGGUGGUCGUCAUCACCUGCCUGCUCAACCACUACCGCCUAUCAGCUCGCUCCAUCCUCUCCAGACACGCCCCCGCACGCCGGAGACACCUGCCCCUGGCCAACGAGGGCAGUCUGUGGUCCUCUGAGGCGACGGGGACAAACAGCGGUCUACACGAGGUGUACAGCCCCCGCCCUCCAGACAGACCCGCCCCCUCGUCCUAUCUGCAGAGGGAGCCUCAGUCCCAGCCCGCUCUGCAGUCCCAGCGCUUCCAGCACACGUAUGCCCCGAGUCGCUUCCAGCCCACGUACCCCUACCUGCCCCAGAGCCUCAUCGACCUCCCCCCCACAAUCUGCCUUUCAGACGGGGAGGAGCCCCCGCCGUACCAGGGACCCUGCACGCUGCAGCUCCGAGACCCCGAGCAGCAGAUGGAGCUGAACCGCGAGUCGGUGCGAGCGCCGCCCAACAGGACUGUGUUCGACUCCCACCCGAUUGACCCAUCCAGCUCCUGUCUGCAGGCCAGUCUGCAGGCGCCUCCGCCGAGCGUCCACUCCGGCGUCAGUGUGCUAGAAGCCCAGGAGGCGUUGUCCCGGCAGCAGAAGCCGGGCUCUCGAGUAGACGGCGCUCCCCCGACCUACAGCGAGGUGAUCGGCCACUACUACCACCCGACGUCCCUGACGCCCGGCCACCACCAUCGGACUGUGUCGUCCACGCAACCACCGCCGUCCUCGUUCAUGCACGGCCUGCUCCGACCUCCACCUCAGCGGCGAGGCAGUGUGGACAACAGGAACGCCAGGAACACAAAGGAGAAAUCCCAGAAGCCCCAGCAGGUGUGACAGAACGGCUUCGUUAUUCCAAGACUAUUUCUGCUCGCCGCCUGGGAAGUUUCCUCAGCAAAAGAGGAACGACCUGGUCUGUGGUAAAAAACGGUUUAAGGGCUGGUUAGUUGUAGUUUCAGCCGGGCAUGUUGGUCAGUGUCCCGGAUCAUCCUGGGACUUUUGGGAUGGAGCCGGCUUCUGGAUAGGUAAGAACACCUGGAAGCCUUGAACCUCCUGCAGAGCACAUCAGAGGAGGAACGCCUCGUCCUUUUCCUCCUCCUAUCAGACUGACCUAUCCAGAGUUCAUUCAUUAUAAAUAUUUACAUGUUUGUUUGUUUGUCUUCUUCGCGCUUACAAAAACAUUUCCUUUCCAGACAAAAUGGCGAAACGUUGCAAUCUUCUUGGUUCUUCCAGGUUUUUAUUUUUUUAUUUUUUUAGUGAUAAUCCCCCAGUCGCUGCUUUGACUUCAUUUGUUUUCCAUUUCCAGUGACUCCUGCACCAUGAGCUGCACUCCCUUGGACAAAUGGCACGUUAGAAUAUCUCCAGAGAGACUUAAGGUUUAGUUAGCGUAACUAGCUUAGCAUCGUGCUGAACGUCCUCGAGCUAAAUGUUCUGCCUUAUAUCAACCAACCGGUGCAGGAGUCCUUGCUUAACCCCCCCCCCUGUUGUUUUUAAUUUGAUGUUUUCUGAAGAAGGUUUGCACAAAGUUCAAGACUGUUCCCCAGAGAAACAGAAACAAUCUGCAAUAUGACGAGGAACAGAAGGUCAGAGGAGGUAUUUUUAUACACUUGAUAGAUACUUAAAGAUGUUUUGUUUGUUGUCGUCUAGUUUGAGAAAAAGAGAAACUUCAGUGAUCUGUUGAGGUGCCGACUCUCACGCUGAAAAUAUAGAUGUUACGUGUAUAUACACACACAUGUAUGCAGACUGAGAGCCGACCGGACGAUUUAGAGUUAUUUAUAUAAAUGCUGAAAAAGAAUUGCACUAUUUUUUUAGAAUGAGCAGAUGGAGCGUGAGUGAGAGACUUUGAUUGUGAAGGAGCUGCGGCCAUGGAGGCGUAGAUGGACCGAAUGAGACCCUGAAAACGUUUACCAGAAGGGGGCGGGACCACUCAGUGCACAGCGGCAGUAUCACGACACAUAUCAUGGAGAUCAGCUGACUUCAGCUCGACAGACGCACUCGGGAACAAACGUUACUGAAACCAUUGAUGAUGAAAGAAACAAAUCCCUCCUUUUUAUGCAAAAGUCCGAGUCCUGAGAGCGAAAACCGAAAAGUCAGCGUGGAACCUGUGGGCCCAAUCAGAAAACUCAGCUGCCUCUGUCUUUCUCUCUCUCUCUCUCUCUCUCUCUCUUUUACCCCAUUGGCAGAAAUCGUUAGCCAAUCCCAAAGCUGGUUGUCACUACCUCGACCAAACGAGUCAAAGCACAUACAAGUUUGCUCAUCAGACUUCUGCCUCAUCCAAACGAACGUCUGAACCAAUCAAGAAAAUGUGUGAUUUAGAGACUAGAGACUGUGUUUAUGAUUUUAUUUGAAUGUCAAAAUCUUUGUGUUUGUGGGCGAGAGAGAGAGAGAGAGAAGGGAUGUAGAUCCAGGGACACGUGUUAAAAAAGGAAAGAAAGCCAAGUGCCCAACAGGUCCUGAGAGAGUGAUACGCUGUCUGUGCACUGCUGGGUCCACACACACACACACACACACACACACACACACACACACACCCCUCUGGUAAGGUCUCGUUCCCCUUACAGGCAUCUCUGAGCACUUUACUGCAGCAGGAGAGAGUCCACAAUCUCCUGUCAGCCAGCGCCGGGCGUUAAACUCGGUGCAAAUCUUUACUUUUUUUUUUUUUUUUUUAGUUUGAAUUCACUGAAUCAUUGAGCCGCUCUGAACGGAUGCAAAAAGUUCUGCUCCAAAGUCAUUUGAAGCUUUGUGCGUCUGUUUGAAUCAGCCCCCCCUCUUAGCGCAGACGUGGAGUCAGAAGAGACGCUCCCUUCAGACAAGACACAAGGUCCUGAAGUGACUCAGUCGUCUUCUUCCACCCUCCAAACACUUUCUGGUGCCGACCAAAAUCAGUCGGUGGCGCUGAGCGGGCGCUUUGUUAAACAGUGGCAUUGAAUGUCUGGUCUCUUUCACAGAGAGCAUUCCUGAAAUCUUUUUUAAUAAUAACAGUUUAGACAUUUUGGAGACUGAGCAUCUCUCCGCUUUGUGCUGCUGCCGCUCUUAUAAAACAACCUUUGACAUUUGAGAAAUAAAAACCCACAUCUCUCAAUAAUAAAAAAAGACACUUUCUCUCAUCAUGUUCGCAGCUUUGGAGCAGAACUUUUUUGUGCGCUGAAUGCAGCACGAGACAGGUCGUCAAGAAGCUAGACACACUGAAGUGUUGAAAAGUGACACAAGUGUUUAUGGCGGCCUUGUCGCGGGUCGUCCGUUGAAGAGUUGAAGGAAUAAAAGGUGAAAUCGUAGCUGAUGAAAAUAUGCAGAAUAUGUUUGGUAGAUGUGAAGGGACCACAUGUUGGCGCAAAGAAAAGCCAGCGAUCUUUAGAGUCCAGUCUUUAUGCAACAGCGCCCUCUACAGGGACCGGAACCAAACCACAGCCAAGACCCCCAAAACUGACUCGGCUCGAAUUUGCAUAAGACAAGGAAAGACAAAUGGCCAAAAAAAGUGAUAGUAUCGAGUGAAUCCCAAAUGUUUUUGUCUUCUUUCCUUCUGAAACGAAUCACAGACAGGCCCCCGUGUCCACCUGGCGUUUUAUUCUGAGCGCCAGCGUCUUUUCUCAGAGUAAAGAGCGUCUGAGUAGAGAGCGUUUGCAGCAGAAAGCGGUCGCCUGGAGAAAAGGCGCAGCGCCCAGCGUCUUUUUUCUGAGCGCUCCGAGCUGCAGAUCUUUCAACUUUGCAUCAGAGUCUCUAGAGAUUUUCUGUUAAUUUACUCGUCAUCUUUAAAAGACCAGAAAUUUUAAUGGUUUUCAAGUUAUUUCCAAAAAUCUUAAAGAUUCUUAAAACCAUCGGGGUGAAAAUGAUUCAGGCUGCUGUCCAAUAAAAGCUAGUUUUUUUCGGCUUCUGAAGCAGCAAAUUUGUUUCCUAACCCAAAAUAAUUUACAAUCCAGGAUUCGAGGAAUGUUGUUAUCUCGUCCUCAUGGUUACACAGCAGACUGAAUCACUCCUCAAACUUCUGUUCAUAUUUUAACAAAUUUAAAACUCCGGAGCUGCAUCCAUCCGUCAAAUCAGGUUUUUUAUUUGUGAUUGGACUUCAGUGAUUUAGAAAAAGACAAAAAUAGAACUCAUAAUCAAAAGUCAUGUCUUUCUCUUGUUUUGUUUACAGUCUCUGCUUUCCUUUUUUUAAAUUUAAUUUGAGCACUUGAAGAUAAAAAGAAACGAUUUUAAAGAAUCUCUUGACCCAAAGCAGCCGAAGGAGUGACGAGUCGUUCAAUCAAAAAAAAAACAAGAUCCUGAGCCCGGUUCUACCGACGGGCUUAGAUACGUUAUUGACCUUCCCUCUCCUGUGUCUCCUCUUUCCCUCCAUCAGGAUGAAUCUUGUGUUCGGACUUGGCUGUCCCCCCCUUUAGUUUUUUAACGGUUUGGGUCCCUGCUGUGGAGGGUUUGCAGCGGGUAUCAGAAGGCUGGACGGACGCUGAGCGGAGAGUAGUCGGUAGAUUUAUGUAGGUAGAGUCAAAAGUAAAGACUGUAGAAUUAAUCUCUCGCUUCAGGGAAACCUGCGCUGGCUGACGAUACAAAAACAAAAAAGACGAGAGGAGAGGAUGGAGAAUCACACAUUUAUUCGCCCAUACGCAGACGAUACAGCGCUCUACCUGCACACACACACAAACACACACACGCCUUUGUUUACACGCAGAGAGGUGACAACAGGUUCGCUUUGUCUUUCUUUAACCAUCGAUAUGUUCUAAAUUCUCUGUUUUAUUAUGAAGUAUUAAAACACAAGAACCAUCGUGAAGUCGACAUUGACCUUCAAAUCAAAUCAGUGCAAAGAAAACGCCGAAUUCUGUGGGUCUCUCUGCUUCAAACCAGCCUGAAUGCAGUGUGACUUUUUGUUUAGCGAGCAGACAAGGUCUUUCCCACAGCAGAGUGUGUGUGUGUGUGUGUGUGUGUGUGUGUGUGUGUGUGUGUGUGUGUGUGUGUGUGUGUGUGUGUGUGUGUGUGUGUGUGUGUGUGUGUGUGUGUGUGUGUGUGUGUGUGUGUGUGUGUGUGUGUGUGUGUGUGUGUGUGUGUACUCUGACUUGCCCUGGGAAAGACCUCCAGCUGUCUAGACAAAAACUAAACACACACACACUCAGACUAAACAAACGCACCUAGAAACCAGACCUUCAACACACACACAUACUCACAGGUGAGCUUCAUUCAUACACUUUUUUUUUUUAUUGAGGACCACACAAGAUAGAAUAACAUCUCUCUCACAAACGCACGCACACACACACACACACACACACACACUCCUUCCUCUCUCCGUCUCUGAACGAGCUCUUUCCUGUUCCUGUUAGAGAUGCCUGCUGUCCAAUGACGGAGCUCCUCUAAGACCGGCCCUCGCCUCCAUUGGCCGGCUGGUGGUCUCCAUUGGAAACGUUUACCAUACAUAUAUAUCUAUAUUGUCUUUGCUAUGUCGUACAAGUGUGCCUGCCUACGCUGAGACGGGCGAAAUGUGAGUGGCUAGUUUGGGCUGUCAAUCAUCCCAGGCCACGCCUCCUUACUGUCUCAGACGAUGAUUGGAUGAUGAUGAUGAUGAUGAUGAUGAUGAUGAAGAUGAUGUUUUUUGAUAGUGAUGCCGCAGAGAGCGUUGCAAUACACCUACUAUUUGCCUUUUUGAUAAUAUUAGUUCUAUUUUAACGUAGUGUGCGUAAUGUAACUUUUUUAUUGUUGUUUUUUGUUGUUUUUUUCACUUGAGAACAAAAAGUUCAUUUAACUUCAAUCCAUCGAUCUCACAAACUUAGUUUUUUUUUGUUGUUUUAUCACCAACUUUGAGAGUUUAAAACUGAAGACUACCUAACAAACACAAACACACACGCUGUCGUUCAACGGGACGCCGACUUUUAAGUGCCAGUUUCAAAUAAUGAAGUUCCUCGAGGACGAGGCUUGUGUUUCAGCGUGCUAACCCACCACUGUCGUCUCUCUCGUUCUCGUUCAGUCCUGAGAAACAUUUGUCCUUUAAUUCUCUAAUCACCAUUUUCUCCGCGCCCCGGCCCAGCGUCUACUCGUGUGCCUUCUGGUGUCCGGGGUUCAAACGGAGACUUCAGAAAAAACACGUUAAGGAUCGACGAACCCUCAAACACGCUGAUGAAACUGUAGAUGAAACAUUUUGUCGACGAUUCAGCUGAAAGUUUUCAACCCAGAGUGAACUUCAAUGCAUCCGAUUUUAAAGGUCACAAAUUCUGUUAAACACACUUCACCAUGAUCCUCUAACUCUAAUAUGUGUCUUUAGUCUGUCUACAAACCCCCCAAUGAUGAGAAAAGUCCAUCCUCUCCGUAUUUUGCCUGCUCCACUUUUCAGUAAAUGUGUGCUCAAACAGGCCGUUUGGAGAUUUUCCCUUCAUGACAUCACAAAGGGCAGUAGCCCCUCCCCCAGGUGGGUGGCCCUCCCACAGCUAGGUGUUUGUUCUGUCCUCUGAGUCUGCCUUAUCACCGUAAACAAUAGGACAUGGAGCGAGAAAGCCAGAGACAUACAAGCCCUUCCAGAGAGGGGGCGUGGUCAGACACAGCUCAUUUACAUAUUUAAAGGUACAGACACAGAAACAGCCUGUUCUGAGCAGGGCUGAAAUAGAGGAGUUUAUAGACAUGAUCAAAUACAGGAUCAGAGUGGAUUUAGAACAAGAAUCUUCACACACAUGUUUUGAGGAGCUCUGAGACUUAUUUACACUGAAAAAGAGGAGGAGGAUAUGUGACCUUUAAUGGAAGAUCAUAACAUUUAAUAUCAUGUUCCUUCCUUCCUUUCUCCUCGGCCUCAUCUCUACUCUGUCUUUAUUGUACAUGAGUAAAUAUUAGCGUGCAAAUAUUAGCGUGCAUAUUUAUAUUUAUUUACACUGGUUGAAGAGGAGAAUAUGUGACCUUUAACCUUGGAUGGUGUUUAAAGUCAAAUUAAAUCUCAGCUUCAAGUUGAAGCAUCUACUUGGAUGCAAAUCGACAGUAAACGAGAACUCAAAUCCAACAUGGCUGCAAUAAAAAGAAAACAAAACGUGUUUCACAGUAAAACAAUAAACGCCUUGGCGUCCUCCAGAGGUCGGACUACAGCGAAGUGUUUCUGAUCUCGGCACCAUUCAACACAUUUCCAAAGAAGGACUCAACAAGACUCUGAAGGCAAAGAGUCACACCUGACUUGAAUCUUUAUCUUUUUUGUAUUUUCUUUGCUUUCACUCGUUCCGUAACUCAAACUCGAGUCGCUGAUAAACGUCAGAGAAACGGUUUCCCUCGUGUUUCUGCUCAUCGUGGCGUUCUGUUCCCGCUCACUCUGCUCGUUGAAUCAGCGCUGCACGGCGCCGCACCUCUGACAAUGUUGACGUUAAAUAGACGACCAACACUCACUUUCGUUUUUUGCAGUUUUUUUUUUUACGUGUGCUCGCUCAGACGCAGCCUGGACGUCUUAUGGGAUGAGAUCGUGACUAUCGUAGAAGUCUUCCACCUGUCGUUGAGUUUUUCUCGUCAGCAUGUCGACGUGAGACUUCAGAUUCAGCCGCAGGUUCAGAACUCUUCAAUCAGUGUUCCCGUCUGUUUUCUGUCACCGCAUGGCUCACACACUUAUAUAGAGGCCUACUUAACGAUAAUAACGGCUUUCUUUGUUUUUAUUUAUACCGGGCGCUCUACGUUGUUGUUUUCUCCUCAACAAUGGUUUAUGGUUGUUGUUGUUGUUGUUGUUGUUGUUGUCUCAGAACGUGGACAUGAAUCGGACACAUUUCAGUUAUAGCCUUCGAUUUAAAAAAUAAAUAAAAAAACUUUUAUAAAUA